AUGCGUGUGUCUACGAAGAGAAAGGUGGUUUUAAUCGACAACUACGAUUCGUUCACUUGGAACAUUUAUGAGUAUCUGUGUCGAGAGGGAGCAGAUGUUCAGGUAUUCCGUAAUGACAAAAUUACCUUGGAGGAAGUUAUAGCUUUGGAGCCCGAGAUUUUACUUAUUUCCCCAGGACCAGGACAUCCAAAAACUGAUUCCGGUGUUUCCAGAGAAUGUAUACGACACUUUGCCGGCAAAAUCCCAGUCACCGGCGUGUGCAUGGGCCAGCAAUGCAUGUUCGAAGUUUUUGGCGGCAACGUUGCCUACGCAGGUGAAAUUGUGCACGGUAAGACGUCUCAAAUCGAGCACGACAAUAAAGGAAUUUUCAAAAACGUGCCUCAGGGCGUUUCCUUGACCCGGUACCAUUCCUUGGCUGGUGAACAGUCUACCCUUCCAGACGUUUUGGAAGUUACCGCAAGAACCGAGUCCGGUGUCAUUAUGGGUGUCAGACACAAGAAAUACACUGUCGAAGGUGUGCAAUUCCAUCCAGAAUCCAUUCUCUCGGAAUCCGGUCGCACUAUGUUCAGAAACAUCCUCAGCAUCCAAGGUGGGACUUGGGAAGAGCACGAUAAGCUAUCAAAAGCAAAAGUGGACAAGGGCACUUCUAUUUUGGACAAAAUCUACGCACAAAGGCAAGAAGACGUUUCUGAAUUGUCUUCCACUCCAGGCUUCACACUCCGUGACUUACAGCAUAAUUUUGACCUUGGUCUCGCUCCAUCCGUUUCCAACUUUCACGACAGACUUCUUUCCGGAUCCCACAACGCUGCGGUAAUAGCUGAAAUAAAAAGAGCCUCUCCUUCAAAGGGAGAUAUCGAUGUUGGCGCCAUUGCUGCAGAGCAAGGUGUCAAAUAUGCAAGGGCUGGCGCUGCUGCAAUUUCCGUUCUCACAGAGCCUCAUUGGUUCAAAGGAAGCAUUCAAGACCUGAUGAAUGUAAGAAAGGCUUUGGACAACGAGUAUAAAGACAAUUCGGCUAACAGGCCUUGUGUGCUCAGAAAAGAGUUCAUUUUCAGCAAAUAUCAAAUUCUAGAGGCUCGUUUGGCGGGUGCAGACACGGUCUUACUUAUUGUUAAAAUGCUGUCACAGUCUCUACUCCGCGAACUGUACGAUUACUCCAGGAACGAAAUGGGGAUGGAGCCACUAGUCGAAGUUAGCUCAAAAGACGAAAUGGAACGUGCUCUAGAUCUUGGUGCAAAAAUCAUUGGUGUCAAUAACAGAGACCUCCAUUCUUUCAACGUGGAUCUUAACACAACAAGUUCAUUGGCCGCUUCCGUACCCACUGGAACAGUAUUGCUUGCCCUCUCGGGCAUAACAUGUGGAGCUGACGCGAAAAAUUAUAAAAGUGAAGGUGUUCGUGGACUUCUGGUUGGUGAGGCCCUCAUGAGAGCGUCCAAUGUCGAGACUUUGAUGAAAGAGCUUUUAGCUUGA